AUGGCCGGGAUCGUUAUCGUGUUUGAUUUCGAUCGGACAUUAAUCGACGGAGAUAGUGACAAUUGGGUGGUAAUGGAAAUGGGACUCACAGAGAUCUUCCAUCAGCUCCGCUUCACUUUACCAUGGAAUCGCCUUAUGGAUAGGAUGAUGAUGGAGCUUCAUUCACAAGGGAGAUCGAUUGAUGACAUUGAAGCUUGUUUGAGAAAAAUGCCGAUCGAUUCUCAGAUUAUUGAAGCUAUCAAAUCAGCCAAAUCCUUAGGAUGUGAUUUAAAGAUUGUGAGUGAUGCAAACCAGUUUUUCAUUGAGAAGAUACUGGAGCAGCAUAAUUUGUUGGAUUGCUUUUCAGAGAUUUACACAAAUCCAACAUCUGUUGAUGAAAAUGGAAAGCUUCGGAUCUUACCGUACCAUAGUGACGAAUCGGUUCCACAUAUCUGCAAUCUCUGCCCUUCAAAUCUAUGCAAGGGUCUAGUAAUGGAUAGUAUACGUGGUGGUUCUGAUGCCAAUGAUCAAAUUUCAAGAAGGUUUAUAUACCUUGGAGAUGGAGGAGGUGAUUUUUGCCCGACAUUGAAGCUGAGAGAGUGUGAUUGUGUGAUGCCGAGGACGAAUUAUCCGCUAUGGAAGAAGAUUUCGGAUAAUCCCUCGCUGAUCAAAGCUCAAGUCAAGGAAUGGAGCAAUGCAGAGGAACUGCGGAGAAUUCUUAUGCAACUUGUCAACGCUAUAACGAAGGAAGAUUCAUAA